AUGGAAGCGAGAAGCGAAAUGAAGCAGAAAAUCUCCGAGAUUUUCAAAGAGUUUAUGACAGAGAUCACAAAGCUUGAUGAACUAGGGAAUGCUGCAAACAGCUUUCUUCUACGGUUUCAGCAAGGACUCAGCUAUCUCCAACGCCCUCCAAUAGUUACUUCAUCCAAGUUGAUCGAGAACAUUAUCAAGAACAAUGAAACAAGACGGCUUAAAUCAUAUAUGGAAGCUGGAUGUAUUAACAUCGAUGCUGCUGCACAAAGCACAAGAGUUUUGUAUACAUCCCUAUCAGGGCUUUCUGACCACCUAAUCAAAGCUCAAAGCUUGUUAAUUGAGCUGGAGCGUCUCACCGAUGAAGCAGCCCUUGUAAUUGAGACCGCCACAAAGCUUUCCACACAGCUAGAUAAAGACUCAUGUGAUGAAUUACGACAAAUAACGUGUGAUGAGGAGAACGAGACUGUCCUUUUCCCUGAAACACCUGAAGUGACAGAGUACGGUGCAGUUAUUGCAGUAAUUUACAGUAUGGUGAAACAGGACUAUGCGAUGCAGGAAAAGAUUGUGAGAUCACUGAGUUUGAAGUCAUCAUCUGGUGAACUAGAGACUUACACUAUGAUGUGGUCAUUGCGUCCGUUUGUAGAAGACGAGAUUAUGAACAAAGCAUGGAAAUGGAUUUAUUAA